GUUAAUCUCCAUCAGAUUAAAACAAGAAUCGGGGUAGGCAUCUGGUACUAAAAACGAAGAGAUAGAAUCCAUGUCAUCCCACGAGCAAGGGUUUUAAUUCCAUCGUUCCCAAAUCUGUCGAACUCUUCCGUUCCCGGCGGGCGGCGGCUGGUUUAGGCAGCGAGCUGACGGCGGAUCUCCUCAAUUCCUUGGUGUUCUUCAGUCCCCUCCCCUCCUUCUCCUAUAGUAAACCACGCGGAGACGAUCCAAGAUGGGUGGGUGCUGCUGCUGUUUCCCCUCCAAACCCCCAAGGGAGAACCCAAUGCACCCAAUCGCAGAGCCGCUCAUCAAGCGGAAGCCCAAUCACACCCCUCCCUACCAUCAAAGGCCCCCGGUGACCACCCAUGCUCACAAGGGUAUGAACGCUGUCGUGCGCCUGAAGACCGGCUUCGAGCGUUUCAGAACGAAUGUGUACAACAAGAACCCGAAGCUUUUUGAAUCACUUAGGAAGGACCAGUCCCCCAAGUACAUGGUGUUUGCAUGUGCUGACUCGCGUGUGUCUCCAACAAUAACCCUCGGACUGAAUCCAGGAGAGGCCUUCACUGUUCGAAAUAUUGCUGGAAUGGUUCCUGCCUAUCAAAAGACAAGGCACUGCAGCGUCGGGUCAGCCAUCGAGUUUGCCGUGGUUGUCCUCAAGGUUGAGUGCAUUGUUGUGAUUGGUCACAGCCGCUGUGGUGGAAUUAGGGAACUACUCUCACUGAAGGACGAAGGGCCUAACGCCUACCACUUCAUUGAGGACUGGGUGAAGAUCGGUAUGGAGGCCAAGAAGAAGGUCCAGAGAGAAAACAGGUUGUUGCCUUUUGACGACCAAUGCACCGUGCUGGAAAAGGAGGCCGUCAAAUUUUCCCUUAGAAAUUUGAAGUCGUACCCGUUCGUCAAGGACAGACUGAACAAGGGCACACUGAAUUUGAUUGGUGCCCGCUAUGACUUUGUCCACGGAAGCUUCGAAACGUGGAAUGCCUGAAGUCAAGUAGUGCAGAAAUGGUUAGCUAGCUAGCCAGUCGCAAAUAUUUCGUCGAAAAAGGCUAGUUGCAUGCAUCGCUGUUGCUGGGUUUGCAUUCCAUGCAAGUCCUUUGGGUACCGCCAAGAUAGAUUUUUUUUUGACAGCAAUAUGUUUUAUUCCUCAAACAAUAGCCAUGUCAUGUACAAGUAAUUGAGAAAUAAAAGUAUAAAACCAGGGAUAGAAUCAUCCCAAAAGCUAGAAGAUGUAGUAUGCAGUACGGACGGAAGGUAUUGGAUUUGGAGGAUGGCGCCAAGGAGAUAAUGACCCAUGUUUUUUCUAGUACCUGUCCCUACAUAUACAAUCUUAAUGUGAGAUAUGGCGUGUGUGUGUGUGUUUUGAUGGGGUGAGAUAUGGCCUGUUUGGUUUGUAUAUAAGGAGGCUACCAUUCUCUUUUUCCCCUCUCGAUAAAUUGCUUUAACAUUC